UGUAGAUCUACAUAGCUUCACUUUAAUAAUUGUGUCAUUGUGUGUUAUAUAAUUUUAUGGAACAAUAUCAUGGCAAAGGAUUCUUGCUUUUGUUAUCAUUUAUGAUGUGAUGCCAGUCACUCUCAGAUUUGAUCAAUUUCUUCCCGUGAGCAGACCAAGGUCUUCCUUCUUCGCCGGCCGGACUCCUCGAUUCUCGUCGGCGCCGUCGUCUGCUUCACGAUCUCGUCUCCAAAACCCUCCGAAAACGUCAAAAUCAUUUUAGCGUUCUGUUUAAUUUGUUUCAUAUUUCAGAAAUCUUAAAUUUAGGGUUUUUUUAAUUUUUAUUAAUUGGGGGACAAUUUAUCGAAGGGAUGCUAAUCACACUGAAUCCCGUAGAGAUCAUCAUCAGUUAUGUUCCGCCGUCUUAAAUGGUUCAUAGCUGGUUUCAAUCAACAGAGAACACCUAAACCGAAGGUCGAUGCGAAGCGCUUGUCUCUACCUAGGGAACAUCAGAACUACAAUAAUUCAAGAACUCGAAAUCGCAAGUCAAUGUUGGAAGCCGUUCACGAAGUUGCAAUUUAUAUCCAUAGGUUUCAUAACCUAGACCUAUUUCAGCAAGGGUGGUAUCAGAUCAAGAUUACCAUGAGAUGGGAAGAUAGCGACUAUGCAUCUUCUCUGGGAACUCCUUCAAGAGUGGUUCAGUACGAUGCUCCUGAUCUUGGUUCUGAUAAUGUAUUGGGUGUAUGGAAGAUUGAUGACACAGACCAUAGUUUUUCAUCACAACCUUUCAAGAUUCGAUAUGCAAGACAGGAUAUUCUUCUAUCAGUCAUGAUAGCUUUCAACUUAUCUCUUGGUAAAUUUGAGGGUCCAAUCACAUCUGCUGUAAUUCUGAAAUUUGAGCUGCUGUAUACACCUGUUUUGGAGAUCGGCUCCAAUAUGCAGGACUCUUUGGAAGUAACCCCUGCUGCAGUUCAUGAGUUCAGAAUUCCACCCAAAGCUCUUCUUGGACUACAUUCAUAUUGUCCUGUUCAUUUUGAUGCUUUCCAUGCUGUGCUUGUUGAUACCACUGUCCACAUCAGCUUACUAAAAGGUGGUGUUCAUACCAUGAAAACACCAAGUCGCAGCAAUUCUCUUAGUCAUGAAGAAGCUUCCAGUGACAACAAGUAUGACAAGGAAAAGCGUGUUUUGCUUGUGAAGGCAUUUUUAAUUUCACGUGCAAAUUUACUUCAAGAGCUAAGAAAUCUUAGUAAAGCAAUUAAUCAAACAAUUGAUGUAAGUGGUUUCACUUCACAACAUGAUGAAAGUGAAACAGAGACUCCUAAUGUUUCUAAGAUUCCAAAUGGAUCCAUUGAUAUGCAGAGUGAUUAUCUUUACACCCUACAAAACGAUGAACUUUAUCGUCUUUUUCAUUCCCUUGGAGACCAAAUUCUCUACUUAUGGAGCACAUUUCUCAAGUUUCACAGGGCUAACAAAGCAAAAAUUUUAGACCAUUUGCGUAAUUCAUGGGGUAUUGAUCGUAGAGCUGAGUGGUCAAUAUGGAUGGUGUACUCCAAAGUUGAAAUGCCUCUCCAACCAAUCAGAAGCGAGGUUGAUGACUCAGCAUACAAAGGUCCACGUGGCAGUGUCCCUGUUCUCAGAAAGAUAACCGAAGAUCCUUCUGAAGCUGCAGCAAUGAGAGCUGAGCUUCAUAGGCGAAGUAUUGCACAGAUGAGGAUAAACAGUUGUUCAAUUCAAGAUCUUCAUAUUUUUGGAGAUCCCUCACGUAUACCAAUUAUAAUAGUGGAACGUGUUGUAAAUGCACCAUUGCGUUCACCUAGUGGAAAUUCUUACUUCAGAAAUAUGGAUCAAAAGGCUACUACUAAUGGAGUUCUUCAAGAAAAUGACUCAAGAAUUUCCACCAAUCAUCAAAAAGGACGUGUUUUGAAGAUUGCUGUGUUUGUUCAUGGUUUUCAGGGACAUCAUUUGGAUUUACGCCUUGUAAGGAAUCAAUGGCUUUUAAUAGAUCCAAAACUUGAGUUUCUAAUGUCUGAAGUGAAUGAAGAUAAAACAUCUGAAGACUUUAGGGACAUGGGAUUAAGAUUAGCUAAAGAAGUGAUUGCUUUUGUUAAAAAGAAAAUGGAUAAAGCCUCAAGAUCUGGUGGCUUAAAAGAUGUUAAACUCAGCUUUGUGGGCCACUCCAUUGGAAAUGUCAUCAUUAGAACUGCACUUUCAGAGAGCAUCAUGGAGCCAUACCAUAGAUACCUUCAUACAUAUGUGUCUGUUUCGGGCCCACAUUUAGGGUAUCUGUAUAGUUCAAAUUCUCUUUUCAAUUCUGGAUUAUGGCUUUUGAAGAAGCUUAAGAACACACGUUGCAUUCAUCAGCUUACUUUCACUGAUGAUAUUGAUCUUGAAAACACUUUCUUCUACAAACUUUCCAAGCAAAAGACAUUGGAAUAUUUCAAGAACAUAAUCCUUCUCUCAUCUCCUCAGGAUGGUUACGUUCCAUAUCAUUCUGCGCGAAUCGAGAUGUGUCAAACGUCAUCAGGAGACUACUCAAAAAAAGGGAAAAUUUUCCACGAGAUGCUCAACAACUGCUUAGAUCAAAUCCGAUCUCCAUCUUCUGAACAAAGAAUGUUCAUGAGAUGCGAUGUCAACUUUGAUAUCUCAUUACAAGGAAGAAACUUGAACACGAUAAUUGGUCGAGCUGCUCACAUAGAGUUUCUGGAAACCGAUAUUUUUGCCAAUUGGGUGGAAGAAUUACAGAAAAUCUCAAAGUUCGAACAGGGGUUUUCAAGCUCUUAUCACCUGAUUUUACAUAACUUAAAUAUGGAAUUAUCUCUAUCGCAUGCUUUAUCAUAUACGCAUGAUAAAUCCCCGAUUUCUCUCAAAUCAGAUUUCCUCCCUUCUCAUUCUUUCUGGAAGAGAAAUCAUAACAAGAUACAGAAACCACAAAACCUAUCUUUUACAAUCACUGCAUCCAUCAAACAUGUUCGUGACCCAUCACUCGACUACCAUGUAGUAAAGCAAAACAAGAUCCGAUUUGUUCAAAAGCUCAAAACUUUACUCCUUUCAAAACCAAAACACUACAUGCCACUUCACAUCCUAGGCAAAUGUCGAUCCUACCUUUCUCUCUCAAAACCCCGAUCCCUUCUCUCCAUGAUCCAUCGUUACCCCACCAUUUUCGAACUCUUCACUAUCCCUUUACCUUCAACACCAUUAAACGCCACAAAAACACUCCCACAACUCUGUGUACGUCUCACUCCAUCUGCAUCUUCUCUCGCAAUUCAAGAAUCUAACCUCAAAACUGCCAUGUCAGACUCUUUAGCCUACAAACUUCAGAAACUUCUCAUGCUCUCUUCUCAUCAAAGAUUACUUCUAUCAAAAUUAGUCCACAUUGCCCCUGAUCUUGGCCUCCCUUCUAACUUCCGUUCUAGACUCUGUAAUCAAUACCCUGAAAAGUUUAAAACUGUUGACACGUCAUAUGGGCGUGCACUUGAGCUUGUGUCAUGUAACAUUGACCUGGUCAACCCUCUUCCGAUUCCUGAAGUCAAACCUCUUGGGUUGAUUGUAGAUAGACCUUUGAAGUUUAAUCGAUUGAGACUACGAAAAGGGCGUAAUGUGAAAAGACAUCAAGAACAGUUUUUGAUAAAGUUUAGAGAGAUAAAAGACGUGUGCCCUUAUCGAACAAAAGUUGGAGAGUUUCCAAAAGAAUCUUUGAAAGCAGAGAAGAGAGGUUGUGAUGUGGUGAGGGAGGUGUUAGGUAUGAUGGUUGAGAAGCGGACUUUAGUUGACCAUUUGACUCAUUUUAGGAAAGAGUUUGGGUUGCCAAAUAAGUUGAGGGGUAUGUUGUUGAGACACCCUGAGCUUUUUUAUGUGAGUUUGAAGGGGGAUAGGGAUUCGGUUUUUCUUGUGGAGGGGUAUGAUGAUGAGGGUAAACUUUUGAAACAAGAUGAGUUGUUGAUGAUGAAAGAUUUGUUAAUGGAUUUGGUUAGGGAAGGGAAAAGGAUGAGGAGAGAGAGAAGGAAUGAGGUUAAGAAUGAUUUUAGUUAUGGAAGUAGAGAAAUUAAUGGAGAUUAUCAAAGUCUUGAUGAGAUUGAUGAUGAUGAUGAUGAUGUUGUGGACAGUUUGGAUGACUUAUUUGAUAAUGAUAAUGAUAAUGAUGAUGAUGAUGAUGAUGAUGAUGGUGAAGAAGAGGAGGGAGGAGAAUUUUGGUCUACCAAGUUUGUUUCUGUAGUUGGGAGUGAAGAAAAAUGUUUAGAGCCUUGGUGA